AUGCUUUUGUUUGGCUAUUUGGAUAAAAUGUUUGGGUUAAUAAAUAAUGGACACAACAUAUUGAAUGGCAUAGCGCACCCAAAUGUGACCAAAUACUUUCUGUUCAGCGCCGGGCCCAUAGAGUUUACGAUGAUUAUGCUGUUAUGGCUGCUGUUUGUGACAAAACUGGGACCAAAAUUUAUGAAACAUAAGAAACCAAUGGAAUUGCGAACAUUAAUGAUAUUGUAUAACUUUAUGUUAGUUGUAAUUAACGUAUACUUUACGUACAUAUCAAUCAAAUGGCUUGAGUUCGGUCGCAAAUCGCUUGACCCAAAGUUGACAGAACUGAACCGCUGGGUAGAGAACCAUGAUGACUUUUUGCACCAUAAAAUUAUCUACUUUUAUACAAAACUGUUUGAUUUAUUGGAUACCGUAAUAUUUGUGUUGAGAAAAAAGUCUAAUCAAGUCUCUUUCCUUCAUGUUUACCAUCAUUUUAUGGUGCCAGUUAUGGGGUAUUUAACGAUCGUUUACUGUCCGCAAACAGUUGUCGUCGAAGUGUUUUGCUUUUUAAAUUCAAUCAUUCAUACAAUUAUGUAUAGCUAUUACCUGUUGUCGGCAUUUGGACCCAAAAUACAGCCCUAUUUAUGGUGGAAGAGAUAUAUCACACGAUUACAGAUAAUCCAAUUCAUUGGAUUUGUAAUCUAUGUUUUAUAUAGUGUCAUAUUUAAAGAUCUAUCUGAUUAUCCCAAAAUGAUCAUGUAUAUUGUCCCCAUUCAACCAUUCUUCUUCUUUUACAUGUUUUUCAUGUUUUAUAUUAAAUCAUACGAUAAUAAAUCAAAAUCUAUUUAA